AUGAACGCCGCACGCUUCCUCCGCCCCUUCUCCAGGGCCGCCGCUGCCCGCGCGCCCAUGGCUGCCCGCCCAUCCGUUGCCGCCAUGGCGCGUCCCGCUCUCCUCGCGAGCCAGAACAAGAAGACCGAGGUUGGCCCACAGCAGAUGACCGUCCUCAAGUCGGCCAUGCCCCAGCUCAUUCCCUUCUUCUUCGUCAACGAGACCACCGUGGCCUUCAUCCUCCUGCCAUCGCUCAUCUACGUCUUCUCCAAGUACAUCCUUCCCCAGCGUGUGCGCCUGUUCGCCGCCCGUCUCUUCAUCAGCAAGUUGUAA